CGGGAAUUGGGUCGCUUUGUGAGCUCCUUCAUAUCAUAGUAAUCGCGUGCUCUAAUACUUGCUAGCAAGCAAGCCGUAUUAUACUUAAGCUGGGUAAGGCACUUCUGUGCAUUUGCCCCGCGUCAAAUGGCAAUUUGCACCGGGCCAGUCCUCAAUACUACCUCGCACGGAAAGGCGCUAUCGCGCCGCACCAGCGACGCCAUAGUAACUUGCAGCCCCUUCUCAUGGCUCCCGCUCGCCCAUUCACCUCCCACCGCAACCACCUCCGUAAGACACCCCCGCAGAAACCCAAAUCCCCAUCCUUAUCUUACAUCCCGCCGAACCCUUCCUCGUGUCUUCAUUGCGGACGCGUCAGCCACCACGACAACCCUCCCUCAUCCCUCCCUGGACCCCGUCACCUCCACAUUCCUUUCUCCUUCCAGCUGGUCGGACGGAGACGUGCUGCGUCUUCACACCUCCGACGGCCGCGUCCUCUACGCCGAGGUGAUAGCGGCGGCGGAGGCCUGCACCUCCCAGCCGCCACGCACCUUCGGACCCCAGCAGCCUCGCAGGCAGCAGCAGCACCCGCGGCAACAGGGAGCGCGCGCGGCAUCACGCAACCAGGCCCAAACAACCCCAGGCAGCCGAGGCAGCCCCAGCUCACUCGGCAGCACUGCAGCAGCUGUACGACAACAGCAGCAGCAGCAGCAAGCUCCGCAGCUGUUGUGUCAGGGGGUGCGCUACGCAGUACGGCAAGGUACGGCAGCAUGCGGCUCCGAGGCGGCAGCAGGGCCCUCUACUGGCUACGACGCAGCAGGACCCUCUAGCAGCAGCGGCGGUUCCGGGGCCUCCGCUGGAGGGCAGCAGCCGGUGUUGCUGCUGGAGGCAGUUGGGGGCGCCCUAGCCCCAGGUGACCCGCUGCUGGCGCUGCUGGCCGCCCCGCCCCGCCCGCACGCAGCCGCCCUGCGCGCCUGGGCCCCGCUGGUCGCACCGCUGCUGCGACCUCCCCGCUCCGCACCGGCACCACCGGCACCGCCAUCGGUGCCCUCUUUAGCGUCCCCACAACAGCAUCCGCAGCAUCCGCAGCAGCAGCAGGCGGGGCAAGGCGACGAGCCCGGCAGCGGUGCCGCUGCUGCCGCCUCUGCUGCCGCUGCCGGUGUCCUGGCGGUGCUGUCAGCGGAGCGGGUUACCUCGCUGGGGGAGCUGCGGGGCCGGGCGGUGGCGCAGCCGGGAGCCUGGUGCGAUGGAACAGGACCCUCCGACCCGCCCCUCUCCGAGGCCGAGCACGCGCUCCUAACCGCCGGGGAGCUAGCUUGCCUGCUGGAGGGGCGCAGGGGCCUGCUGCUGCUGCAGCUGCAUGUGGGCUGGCAGCAGCAGCAGGGGGCAGGAGCAGAAAACGGACAAGGUGGAGGCAGUCCAACCGCCGAACCGCCGUCGUACGGCCCGUACAAACCGCUUGUACUGCGACUGUUACGGGAAGCGCUGACGCGGCCUGAUAUUGUGUCGUACAGCAGUCUAGCUCCCACUACUGGGGCAGGAGGCCUGGCUGCCGGCGGCGGCGGUAACGGCAGCGGUGGAAGGGUUGGCGGAAGUACGAUUACGGGUACGAGUACGAGUGCGGGUACGGGUGUGUACGGCAUGACGAUGGCACUGAGUGCGGAUAAGGAACCGUUCCGCUCCUGGGGAGCGCAUCUGGCGAGCUUCGGGUGCCAGGCCGCGUUGGAGGCCCAGUCGCCCUACUACAAGCUGCUGAUCGGCCGCAUGCUGGGAUACCGGGCGGACUACGUGGCGCACCACAUACGGACCUGCCACGGCUCGCCCCCCUCGCCCGAGGUGAUAGCGGCGGUGGAGCAGCAGUUGCGGCAGCUCAGUGCCAAGCAGCCGCACCUGCCAUGGAGCGAUCGGGCCGGCAGCAGGAGGAAGGCAGGAGGAAAAUAACGCCUGGCCGGCAAACCUGCGUACGGCAGCGUCCUGGCUUGCAAGACUGGCUUUUUUGUGAACAGUUAAACGUAGGAAGCUUAGAAUUACAUGCCGUUGUCGCAGUGGGGCAGCCGUGCUAGCCAGCUGAAUGUACGUCAGGAUCCGCGGAAAAGCCGUCGAUCACACUCUUGUGGCAUGCUUCCGCUUGGUAACCGUAAUUGUUAAGCUCUAAUCAUUAUAGCCAUAAAAGGACGGGCCUGUCAACAUUACAGCAUAGCCUGUAUAGGGGAGGCAUUGUAUUUAAAUUAGCAGACAGCCAUGGCAACAACGAUGGGAGCAGAGGAUACCACGCCCAAAGGCUUAGGAGACUUAGACUGUGAUAUUUUGGGGCAAGUCCUUGAAGAACUGCGGACGGACUAUGCAAGCUUACACGCCCUUCGCCUCGCUUCUCGCGGCAUGUGCGCGGCGGUGGACGGCUACGUGACGAAUGUCUACAUAACCCUGCAGCCGGAGCAUCUUCAUGAUUGUAAAGGCGGCCAGCUACCGUCCCUUGCCCGCUUCAAGAACUUAACGUCUGCCACCCUCUCUCUUAGACUUAACAAGAGCUUCAACCCUUCGGACGCCAUCCUUCUUGCCACGCAGCCCUUCCUGCAGCUGCCCCUGGAGACACGGCAGCGUAUCAAGCGCCUGAAGCUGUCGCAGCCCGCCUGUGAUGCCGUCCGAAAUUCAGAAAUAAUUGUUUCGGCAGUCGUGCGGCAUUUGCCCGGGCUCCAGCAGCUUGACAUGCGCAACUAUCACGGAAUAUCGCUCUCGUACCAGCACAGUACGAUCAGCCUGCCGCACCUCAACUGGCUGUCGCUGCCAAGCUGCCGUGCUGGCAAACUCUUGUUUGCCCUGACCGAGGCGAACGCUGGCAACCUCCAGUACCUGGAAAUCCACGGCUACAGCGAGUGGGAUGAGGAUGAGAACCUGGAGCCGGUCCUUGCCCGCUGCAUCUCGCAGCUGCAAGGGCUACGUGAGCUGCGCCUUCACAAGUGCACCUAUUCGACCCAGUCCAUUGGACGGUCCCUGCUGCGCAGCCUGCCAGCCUCCCUACAGCGCCUGCAGCUGGAGGGCCGGAUUGACGACGGGUGGGAGUUCAGUAGGCUUCAUGCACAGCUGGAGGCCGGCCGCUUCGUGGCCGUGAGCUUGCUGGAAUGCAAGGGUGGGGAGCUGGAAGAGCUGCUGGACCUAGGCCGCCAGCUGUCAACCCUCACGGCAGGCGCGCAGCUGCAGCAGCCGCUGGGCGAGCUCUACAUCGAUUCUGUGGAGCUGACCGACGUUGUGCAGCUGGGGCCGGCGGACCUGGAAGGGCUGUGCAAGCUGCAGGCGUACUUCGCACACACACAUGUCGAGCAACUCCUGGUGAACAGCAACUCGCCAGCGCUCAUGAUGCAGAUGAUUGAGCUGAUGGGCAUUCCGAUGGAGGUCGGACUGCGCUGUCCGGCUAGCAGUUCGAGUUGGAUGUGCUACACUAAGAUUGAGGGCAUGGGCUCCACUCUACCUCCGCCUUCUGGGGUUAAGGAGCAGCAGCAGCUGGCACAGGCCACCAAGGGGCCCCAGGUGCCUGAACUGUCAUCGGCAGAGGAACUAAUGAACAGGGCGAUCGCACGCAUGGUGUCCGGAGGGCCACCGCCACCCUCUAGGUGGCCGGCGGAUUUGCCAUUCACCUCGGAAAUCUUCUUCCUAAUGCGCGGACCCGUCUCGGAAGGAGAGCGGAUUCGGGGAGUGCUGGCGGAGGCGGAAGAGAAGUUGGGUGGGGAUUGCAUCAAGACUUAUACCAUCUUCCAAGCUGGAGGUACCGUUUGUUUUGCUGUGGCUACCUUCAACCGGCUGGCGAUUCGGGUGAGGGCUGCAGUGUCGUGGCUGGUGAAGGAGAGCGGCCUGGAGGGCUGCGUGGAGGUGCUGGCUGCGGGCUGCAACGGGUGGUAUGACGAGCUGGGAGAUUGCGGUGAUGCCCUGAUGCUCGCUAUGGAAGAGGUGCUGCAGGAGGCGUGGAGCGCCGCCGAGAACCCGGAUGACCCGAGCAGCUGGCGGCCGCUGCUGGAGUGGCUGGUGCGGCUGAUGGGGGAGUUCGUCCGGCCCGAGCUGGCUGACGACAUGUCCGGGUCAGACGAUGAGUAGACGGGCUGCUGGGCAUGGGGAAUGGUGCCGCAUGGAGGUUGGGGUGUCCGCUCGCCUCUUUAUCCUGUGCAGCACCUUCCCAGGUCGGGACGUAGGGUACGGUGGGAACGCUGAGCGCGUGCAGGAUGGUGCUGAAGGACGGGCCGGGGCCAGUCGGUUGCAUUGCAGGCUCGGCUACGGGUGGCUAUAUGUGGUGGCCGCACCCCAUUGUGCAGCGAGUGGCUUGCUGACGUGUGCACCGAGGAGAGCUUCAAUUAGCAGGGGGCCUUUCGUGUUUAUACUUUUAGCGCAGCUAUUGGCCAACCGUAUCUUUGCAUGUGGGCCGUAGGGUAUGCGACUGCUACUUUUCUGCAUAGUCGUGGUGGUGAGCACGUAGGGUAAGUGGGUUUAUUAACCCCAUAACUGGCGUUUGAGGGAGGACAAUCGGGAGGCAGUAAGUCUAAUCGUAGUUGUGCAGUGCUGUGAACCUUGUGCCAGCAGCCCAUUGCACGGGACAGAACAGGUUGUGACAACAAUCUUGUUGUAGUUGCUGCAGGUUGCUGCGUCAGGCAUUACCGUAGUGGAGGCG